AUGGAUGAGAAAGACCCCAAAUAUGAGCAAAACGCAAACAAACAAAAAUCGAAGAACCUUGAGUCAUUUCAACAAGCGGUUUUGAUAUACUUAAUAGCGACAGCGGGUGUGAAAGUGAUUGUCAAAAAGCAGAAGAAAACAGCAGAGAAGACAUAUCAGAUCCAAUUGGUUGAUUUGUUAGUUCUGAAUGGGGAGACGGUACAAUUUUCUCAGAACGUUGAGACCCAAGCGAAUAAUAUAUUAAUUACGGACACUUCAGAUCAGCGCCUCCGUCGUUUUGAACGGAACAAAAUAGCUUUAGCCUUCAAUGAUUUAGUUGAAGUAGCGACGACAUUAGGGUUUGAGUUUUCCGAGAAAAACACGCGGAAGUCGCAGAAGACGAUUCGGAUGAAAAAGAUCACAACGGUGAAAAAAGAUGGGAAGACGAUAAUUGAUCAAAAGGACAUAGAGCCUAUUGGGAUCUCAGUCAACAAUUUUAUAGUUGCCAAUUACAAAGAAGGCCGAUGUGUUUGUGACGAACGUCUUGUUGAUGAUAUUCAAAGUCACAUUCCAUCACAACUCUCCUGGAAAAACGUCUCAGAAAGGUAUCAAGGGAAUGGAUACCCUUUAAUGGAUACUUCAAUAGCACAACCUCUUGUACAAAUCAUUCCACAACAACAAAUUCAACAACAAGUUGGAGAAGUACUUGAACCAGUAACUCAUUUGAAAAUAGAACAACCAAUUGAGUGUGAAAAUGUUAUGAUGAGUGCCAUCAAUAAUGACGAAGAUGAUGGGGACGAGUAUCAAAGUGUAUCUGAUGACGACAUAUUACUAGAUGAAGAGCCUCAACCUAUUCAAAUGGUCACUCCUUCAGACUUAAAUACUCCAAUCCAAAUUGAAUAUAAUCAACCAAUCAACCAAAUCAAUACUAUUCAAUUCGAAGAGUUAAAAAAUGUCAAGUCGGAGACUUCAAGCGACUUCGCUUGUCCUAUUAAUCCAAUUCCUUUGCCUCAAGAGAAUAUCGUGUUCCCAAAUUUUGUUAGAGGUGAUGUUAAAAUGAGUCAAGAUAUCAAUCAAGAAAUGAGAAUGAGUCAGGAUGAACCAACUUUUGGUUUCAAUUUCUCAAAGGCCGACGACGACGUGAGAACUUCAAGAGACCAAGUCGAUUCGUUUUUUACACCAAAUGAAUUCAAUUCAUUUUCAAAGUUCGGAAAAGGGACACUUUACAAGUGA